AAUGUCUGCUCAUGCACCUGGCGGGUGGUUAUCCUUCGGGUGUCCUGCAAGUGCUUGAGCAUCACCUUCAGGUCAAUGUCGGUUGAUAUGAUGUGCUGGAAGCGGCGCGCAAACCCGCUGGAUAUCCAUCAGGAUUGUCAAACGGACUUUCGACAUGUGCAUAAUGAUAGUCUGCCAGCUGCUGUGCAACCUCCUCAACUGCCUCCGUGACCACAUAGGCGUCUACGUCGACGUGGAAUGCACCCAUGGCCAGCAUGGCCGGCAGGCGGCGCGGCAUUAGCGGGAACUGGCCCAGGGCCCACCCCAAUAGGCGGCGCGGCCACGGAGCGAGAAAGUCUGAUAAUAGCUGCAGCUUUUGCGGCAACGCACGCACUAUAGUGGGCAGGCCGGUGGGUGUGUCGCCGCGGAAGGCGAAGCGUGAGUCGAGCGCUUCAGUGGAGAGUACUAGGCGGGAGGGGCCCAGGACGCCUGCGCGCUGGGCACUGACUAGCAGCUGCGUCCAGAAUGUGAAAGGCUGUGGAGUAGCCGUCGGGGUUGUCGGUGCGCUGGCGCUCGAGGUCCGAGUACAGGAAGGCACGCUGGUCGGCAUUGCACAGCUCGGGCACAUUGGCAAGGAAGUCGUCCAUUUGGAAAGAAUUAAAAAAAAAAAAGUCUAAAAAGGGGUGCCGAAAAGAGCGGGGGAGGGGGUAUUCUUCCCCAAGUAGUGUUAAACCUUAAAUAAAGAAUCGCCCAGCAGCGUCUCGAGAUCAGGGACUUUUGU